GCGGGAGCCGCGAGCGGGGCGCGUGGGCCGGGGCGUUGCUCGGCGCCCUGCGCCGCCUGGAGCCGGCGUCGGGAGGCGGGGAGGCAGAAUGGUGAAUACUCCUAGAAGAUUAUCAAAACUGUAGAAUUCACAUUUGAUUUUAGAGCUCAAAAGAGUGCCCAUCAUGGAGAAACAACAGAUUGUCAUGGGGAGCCGAGACGGCGGGACUGUGUCUGGUGCAGCACCUGCUUUUUUUGUCAUCUUGAAACAACAGCAGGGGAACGGGAAAGCUGACCAAGGAAUUCUAGUAGCAAACCGUGAUGCCUGUGCUCUUGCCAGCAGCGUAUCAACCCCAGUAAAUCCCAAAGUCAAGACCUGCCUACCAGCUGACUGUGUCUCGGGGGGUAUCACUGUCACGCUGGAUAACAACAGCAUGUGGAACGAGUUCUACCAUCGCAACACUGAGAUGAUCCUGACAAAGCAGGGGAGACGCAUGUUCCCCUACUGCAGGUACUGGAUUACAGGUCUGGAUGCCUUCCAGAGGUACAUCCUGGUCAUGGACAUAUCCCCCGUGGACAAUCACCGGUACAAGUGGAACGGUCGCUGGUGGGAGCCCAGUGGGAAGGCAGAACCCCACGUUCUGGGCCGAGUGUUUAUUCACCCCGAAUCCCCUUGCACUGGGCAGUACUGGAUGCACAAGCCCGUGUCCUUCUACAAACUCAAACUCACCAACAAUACCUUGGACCAGGAGGGCCACAUAAUCCUGCACUCUAUGCACCGCUACCUGCCACGACUUCACUUGGUGCCUGCAGAUAAAGCCACGGAAGUCAUCCAGCUCAAUGGCCCUGAUGUCCACACGUUUACUUUUCCACAGACAGAGUUCUUUGCAGUCACAGCCUACCAGAACAUCCAGAUUACCCAGCUGAAAAUAGAUUACAAUCCUUUUGCUAAAGGAUUCAGAGAUGAUGGGUUGAAUAGCCGACCUCAGCGUGAUGGGAAGCAAAACAGUAAGUUAGAGUUGGAAGGAGGUGAAGUUUUCAGUACUGCUGGCACACGUGGUUGUCGUGCUGGAGUUGAUGCUGUAGAUUUACAUCAGAAGAAUUUAGAUUCUUCAUUCGUUGGUCAAAACCCAUCAGACACUGAUGUGGAAAAAGAGACCUUUAAUGCAGAAAGGGACUUUCUGCGUUUCCUGGACACUGACCUGCCUUCAGGUGAUAUGCCAAAGAUUAAACAAGAAGUCUCUGAAAGUCCCAAUCCCAGCAGUUAUGAAAGCAGUUCCUGUGUGGCAUCCCCAUUGGACCCAAAUGGACACUUUAAUAUAGUCAUUAAAGAGGAACCAGUUGAUGACUAUGACUAUGAGUCAAGUGUUUGCACCCAAGGAGUAACUGUAAAAAAGGAAGACACAGAUGAAGAAACUGAUGAGUAUUCCAAUACUGAUGAUGAUGAUCCCAUCCUCCAAAAACAACUGAUGAUCCGCAGUGAAACAGAGGGAAUUGAUGGAGAAUUCAAGUCCAGGAAGCGUUUGUUAACCAGUCCUUCAGGUGUUGCCAAAGCAAAAAUGUUAAAACUGGAUAGUGGAAAGAUGCCUGUGGUCUAUUUGGAACCUUGUGCAGUCACAAAGAGCACAGUGAAGAUAUCUGAGCUGCCACAGACCAUGCUUUCCUGCAAGAAGGAAAAAUCCCCUUUGUGUGCAAUACAGGAUUCCUUGCCUGUGUGUUUUGAAAAUCACAAAGACUCUUGCUUAGCCACAGCCACUCUAACAGAGGAACUGGCUACUAAAAAACAAACUCCUGGGAGUAAAAUGUUACAAAAAUACCCUUCAAUCAGAGAGGCCCAGUGGGAUCUAUCUAAGUCACAUAGUUUUAAUCUCAAGGGCUCAGUAAGUUGUCACUUCUCAGCUAAAGACAUCUGUGGAAGAAAAAGGCCUGGUGUACUGAAGAAUCCUUUGUCCCUGAAGGGCUCUGGUAACGAUCCAAACACCCUAUCCUCAAUUAUUCCUAAAAGAGGAAGACCACGGAAACUGAAAAUUUCCAAGGCUGGUCGACCACCUAAAGGUGUAGGGAAAGCUCUCAUAACAAGCAAGAGCACCUCUCUGGGGCCUUCCAGCAUCAUUCCAGAUGUUAAGCCAGAUCUUGAAGAUGUUGAUGGAGUCCUUUUUGUGUCCUUUGCAUCAAAGGAAGCUCUUGACAUUCACACUGUGGAUAGAGCUGGAGAAGAGUCACAGGAUCUUCAGGCUCCCUUGCUGACUACAAAUGAUCCAGAUUGUCAAGCAAGAAUACAAGCACUGGAAAAGGAACUGAUGGAAGAGCUGAAGACCAUGAGGCACAAGCAAGUAAUACAUCCCAGCCUUCAGGAGGUGGGACUGAAGUUGAAUUCUGUGGACCCAACAAUGAGCAUUGACUUGAAGUACUUGGGUGUGCAGCUUCCUCUUUCCUACUCAAAUUACUCUUUGUGGAACUACCCAGGAACCAAUCCCAAUUCUCCAGAUACAGGAUUUCCUUUUGUUUCCAGGACAGGAAAGACAAAUGAUUUCACAAAAAUAAAAGGCUGGCGUGGGAAGCUUCAUGGUGCUUCUAGAAAUGAAGGUGGCAGUUCAGAAGGUUCCUUGAAGAAUCGUUCUGCAUUCUGUAGUGACAAGCUGGAUGAGUACCUGGAAAAUGAAGGGAAGUUGAUGGAAACUAGUAUGGAAUUCUCUUCUAGCACUCCCACUUCUCCUGUGGUAUAUCAGCUUCCCACUAAGAGCACUAGCUAUGUGAGAACACUUGACAGUGUUCUAAAGAAACAGUCCACCAUAAUUCCAUCUACAUCUUCUAUGUUCAAGCCUGUUCCUCUGUCAUCUACCUCCAGAAAGACAAAGACUCCAAACAAACAGACAGCUACACACAGCAGAGCAAAGUCAUCUUACAAGCCUAUACUUCCUUCACCUAUUGCUGCAAAGCAGAAACACAACUUUGCAGCAUCAGGGGAAAGGGCUGCUAAGUCUGUCUCAAACAGCAGCUCUGCUAAUCAGGCAAAUAGUUUCGUUGUGCCAGCCCUGGAUGAAAGCAUCCUUCCCAAACAGAUCAGUUUGCGUCAGGCACCACAACAGCAACAAGCAGCACGUCCACCAGGUUUGUCCAAAUCUCAUGUGAAGCUGAUGGACUUGGAAGACUGUGCUCUCUGGGAUGGGAAACCACGGACUUAUAUUACGGAAGAACGAGCAGACAUCUCUCUGGCAACCCUGCUAACAGCUCAGGCUUCUCUCAAAACCAAGCCUAUCCACAAAAUAAUAAGACGACGAGCACCUCCUUGCAACAAUGAUUUCUGUCGUCUGGGCUGUGUGUGCGCCAGCCUUUUGCUGGAGAAACGUCAGCCCACCCACUGUCGCAGGCCCGACUGUAUGUUUGGUUGUACCUGCUUGAAGAGAAAAGUGUUGCUGGUGAAGGGAGGAUCAAAACAUAAGAAAAUAAUGAAAAAGGCUGUACGUGGAAAUCUUUUGUUCUGUGGAGCACAAGGGGAGCAGCAGGAGGACGAAGAUUUGGAAGAAGAGGGUGAUGGGGAGGAAGAUGAGUUGAAGCUGAAAGAUAAGAAGAAGAGAAAAAGGGUGGAAUACACUAUCUGUGACUCAGAGCCAGAACAGCCCAUCAGGAGUUGUCCACUGUGGGUGAAAGUUGAAGGUGAAGUAGAUCCAGAGCCAAUUUACAUCCCAACACCAUCUGUUAUUGAACCAGUUAAAUCUUCAGUACUGACCAACCCUGAAGCUGUGCUUUCUAGUAAGCACAGAUCAUCCAGUGGAGUGAAACCAAGCAGAGUGUAUACUCCUAAACCAAAUCCAGUGGUUCGAGAGGAGGACAAAGAUCCUGUAUACUUGUACUUUGAGAGUAUGAUGACUUGUGCACGGGUCCGGGAAUAUGAAUGCAAGAGAGAGAGGAAAAAGCAAAAAAAAGAAAAAAGUGAGGCACAGAGCUCUAAUAUAAAGGAGCAUGAACCAGAGCUUCAGUGUCCUGAGAAAGCAACCUGUGAGACAGACAAAGAAACAGAUAAAUCAGGAGAGAAAAGCUGGUGUUCUUCCCGUAGCGAGGGGGAUUCAUCCUCCAGCUCCUAUGUUCAUCACACCACUCCAGCUGAACCAACCAAACUUAUCGAGAUUAUUCCUGACCAGAGCUGGGAGGAAGAUAACAGUAAGAUCUUGACCAUCCUGUCACAGCAUAUCAACAGUAAAGUGCCACAGUGCCUCAAAGUUGGUAGCUUCGUUUUUGAAUUGGCUUCGGAACACAAGGCCCAGGAUGAGAAUCAACCUCCUGUCUACUCCUCCAGAGUGAAAAUUUCAGUGCCCUCCUACCAAGGCAAGGAUGAGAAGCCUGAGAUAGCUGACUUGGAGACUCCUGAUAGUGGAGUACCAUCAGGACCAUCACACACAACCCCAGAAAACCUAAAGUUCUUGCGGGCAGACAGAUUGGACAAACUGCGGGAGAAGCUGCAUGGAGGCAAAGGUUUGCCUUUUUAUGCAGGGAUUUCUCCUGCAGGAAAGCUGGUUGUCUACAAACACAAAGCUAAUAUCAGCCCCUCAGGCUUGAUUCAGGUUAAUGAUAAAAGGUAUCCUCAGGCCAAACUGCUUUUGGGACAGAUGGGGGCAUUACAUCCUGCCAAUCGGCUAGCAGCUUAUAUCACAGGCAGGCUACGACCCACAGUACUUCCUAUCUCAGCCCUCAGUACUGUGAUCUCCAAGGUAGCAUCCCAAGGUAAAGCAGCUGCUUCUGAGACAACAUCAGUCCAGGUGCCCACAUCAUCAUCUCCCAAAACUACAUCUUCCACCAGCACUACUUCAACCCCCACUGUGAGGAGACUGAAAACCCAUGUCCCAGCACAGAGACAGAUAGCUGCCCGACCCUCACCCGGUGGGAUGUUCGCGCAGUUCGUGAUGAACAAGGCUGGAGCUCUCCAGCAGAAGAUUCCUGGAGCAAGCACACGCCAGCAGCCCCUCUCAGGGCCACAGAAGCUCAGUAUCAAGCCUAGCCCUAUCAUGGUGGUUGCUCCCAUGGUUCCCUCAAGGCCAUCUCCAGCUCAAUGCACUCUCUCGCCUGUGGUGACUGCAGCCACCACCACUUCUCCAGCUACUCUAGAAAGUACUGCUGUGACAGCAUCUACUGUGACCUCUCCCAUCCAGACAAAAGCUAAUGAACCUGACUGUUCUCCUUCUGCAAUUACAGUUGCAGCUGCUCCGGCAACACCCGGAAUCAACACCUCUACCACUCCCUCAUCCACCACUCCAGCUGCCACUGUGAACAUAAGCAAAUCAACAGGGAUUGUUGCACCAGUAGCAACCUCCUCAUUCCCUAACACUGUAGUAAUAUCACCGACUGUUACUUGUCCUGUUGUCACUACACCCACUUCUACGGUUGUACUAGCAACAACAGCAAUGACUACAUCUGUAGUGACCACACCAACUUCCUCUGCUGUUUCAGCUCCAGUUAUAAUAUCGGGAGUUAAUACUCCUUCACUGAAUGCAAGAAAAGAAGAUGCUCUUCCACAAGCUCUAAGUAAGAGUCCCCAGAAGGUAUCUCCUGGAGCAGACAAACGUGUGGGACCUCGGUUGCUGCUGAUCCCGGUGCAGCAGACGUCUCCUGCUUUGCGGCCGCUGAACACCGCACCCCUUGUUCCCAGGCAGAGGAUGGUCCUGCAGCCUGUCAGGAGUCCUGGUGCUAUGAACCUCUUCAGACAUCCUAGUGGGCAAAUCAUUCAGCUUGUCCCUCUGCAACAAUUUCGACCUGCAGGUGCCCAGCCCAGUGUGCAGCCAGUGAUGUUCCGCAAUCCAGGAUCUGUUGUAGGGAUUCGGUUGCCUGCACCUUCUAAACCUCCUGAGUCUCCUAUGUCUCCUACUUCCUCUGUGUCUUCCACUUCUCCCACAAAUUCAGCUGGGCAAACAGCAGUAUCCAAGUUAUCCCCUACCUCCAACCUGGCCACUCAAGCAUCUUCCCUCCCUUCAGUAACAAGUUUUGUGUCACAGCCAGGCACUCUGACUCUGAGGCUCUCUCCUCCUGCUGCUAGCAGCAUGACAAAUCAAGCAGCCUCUGAAUCUAAAGUAACCAGCAGCUCAGUUGGUCUGCCAGGCACUGCUACUAACCUCAUACCUUUACAAUCUGGUAGUUUUGCUUUACUUCAGCUCCCAGGACAGAAGACUGUGCCAAACUCCAUUCUUCACCAUUUUGCAUCCCUGCAGAUGAAGAAGGAUUACAGAAAAAUAUGCAAGAAAGAGGACACGAGCACUACUCAGCAGAAGGGUGGGAAGGCUCCAAACUCAGAUAAGGCUGAAGUUAGAGUGUCUGAGGCCACAGUGUCAGAUACAAAACAAGAAGAAAAUGAGUUGCCAAUAAACCAGUCAAAUAAUGUUGAAGAGUCACCAUCUGGCACAGUUGCCCCUGCUGGAAAUUCCACUACAUUACAGAUGGUGGAGAAGGACUUGAAGGUGCUGGAGAAGUCUUGUGAUGAUAGUUCUUCUCAGACUGACGUUGCUGCAGAUGUUGUAUCAUCUGACCAUUCAUAUAUCAGUGAGAAGCCAAAUGAGGAGGAAGAAAAAGGGGCCCUUGAGGAGAAAGAGGAUUCCGUCAGUUCAGAAGCUGUAGUGGAGUCUGUUCCAGCUAACUCAGAAACUGUCUGUGAGUCAUCAGAGCAGCCUUCACUUGCUCCUCUGGAUAAUGCACAUCCACAAAGUCUUGGGAAUCAGGAGACUGCACAGGUGAAGACCCAUGAGAAAGAGCAAAUACACACUGAACAGGAAGGGAGCCCAGUGAAGGAGGAGGAAGGAGAUGCACAGGCACAGAUAAAACAGGAAAACGAGGCAAGUUCUGAGCAACCACAGAGUCAACAAGAGCACGAGGCACAGCUGGAGCACAAGAAGGAACAGAGAGAGACUGAAAUGUCUCAGAACAAACAAGAAUGCCAGGGUAGUGCCAUGCUUCAGCCACAGUUGGAAAGGAAGGAGUACAAGGACUCCACAGAAGCAGAAAACAAGAGAGAAAAAAAAGAAAUUAAGUCUGACAUAAGUCCUGCAAAACAGCAGGACUGUGGUACAGGAGAAGAGCCUACAGUCAAUACUGAGGAAAGCAAAGCAAACCUAGGUAGGCAGGAAGGCAGUAAUAACAAAGAACAAGAUGCUUUUGCUUGUCAAGAAGAAAUGAAAACAGGUCAUGAUAUUGUAACACAUGUCAACAGUUCUUGGAGCAAAAUAUCUAGUAUUGUACCUGCUUUAGAAAUUAAAAGUGAGGUGGAUGACAAAGCUGAUACAUCUGAGAGAAGUGACUUCCUGCCAUCAGAACAGAGGGCACAGGAAGCCAGGCAUCACAACAAGGGUUGUGUGCCCACUGUUGACAUAACUACUGAUGAUAUGGAAGAGGAAGAAGAGGAAGAGGAAGAGGAUGAUGAGGAGGAGGAUGAAGAGGAUGAAAAAACUGAUGAUUCUGCUGAUGAGUUGCUGGAUGGUGCUUCUGACUUCUUAAGUGAAGAGGAAAUAGAUGUGGAAAAAGUGGAUGUGUGUGAAUACAGUGAGGAUGACGAGCAGGUGGACGUUGAGACCGUGGAGGAGCUUUCAGAGAAGAUUAACAUUGCCCGUCUGAAGGCCACAGCUGCUCAUUUCCGACCUUCCAAACAGAAAUACCAUGCUCGUAAUUCUUCGGAUGAGAAAUUUUCUGAAAAAUCUGCAAAGCAUAAACGUCGAUUCAGGGGCAGGAAACUGAAGUCUGAGGCAGAAGCCUUCGCUCAUUACCGGCAGACACACACUGCAAACGAACGCCGACGACGCAGUCAAAUGAAAGGUCUCUUUGAAAAGCUGAAGAGAGCUCUGGGCUUACACAACCUUCCCAAGGUCUCAAAAAGCUACAUUCUUAAGCAAGCCUAUGAAGAAAUCCAAGGAUUGACUGAUCAUGCAGAUAAACUCAUUGGACAGAAGACCUUACUGACACGCAAACAAGAUGUGUUGAUUCGAAAAGUAUCCACACUUUCAGGAAAGACAGAGGAAGUUGUCCUUAAGAAGCUAGAAUAUAUUUAUGCCAAACAAAAAGCAGUAGAAGAGCAAAAAAAGAAGAAACAAACAGAGACAGAGGAAAUUCCUGUAACCUCAACUGUUAGCACAAAGCAAGAAGGAUCUUCUGCUCCCUCCAGAGAGCCAAUCCAAGUGGCUAUGACCAAUAGAAGAGGAAAGCCACUGAUACUUGCCAGAAAAAGUGUCCGUACCACAGAGGACACUUCAUCCUCUCUUUCAUUAACUGCUGCAAACCUAGUGAUGACUCCACAGGGGCAGGUGCUGACACUGAAGAGCCCACUGGUACCAGGCCAGGUAGCAGCUGUUCCUUCCACACUAUUGCAAACUGAAUUAAAGCCCCAACCUGUCAGCCCUGCCCUGACAGCACAGCCAGGUCUUGCUUCUGUGAUGAUUCAGCUGCCAGGAUCAACAGUUCCUGUCCAAGUAAAAGGAAUCCUUGCUAACUCUACCAUUCCCAUUACACUAUCAAUUGUUUCUGGAAACCCAGCACCCUCAGCAGUAGUGUCCACUACAGAACCCCGUUCAGAAAGUGAAGAUUCAUUCAUGAUGCCAAAGAUUGUUAAUGUUACAUCCCUGGCUGCUGAGGGAAGCACAAGUCUAAACCUGAAUAAAAACAAAAACACUAAUGCAACAGCUACAGGCACUCAGGCUUCAGAGAAGUCCUUGGCUGUAGCACCUCUUGAAAGUAGGAAGAGUGAUAGUGUCCUCAAAAAAAAAAAAGACAAAGUGUGUCCUGGAGACAGUUGUGGAGAUGGAAGAAAUACCAGAGGGCCCACGAAAAUUGUAAUUGAAAAUAAAGAUGGCAUUCCACAGCUCCUGAGUGUAUCAUGUACAAAGGAAUCUCCACAGCCAUUCAGCAAAAAGCUCUGCAUUGGUGAGUUUGUGGGAAGCCAAGCCAGGAGGAAGGAUGGUGAUCCUGGAGGAGAAAGAUUAAAAUCUAAAGAACUGCCAUUCCACAAGCUGCAGAUCAAAGAUUCCAGGCUAGAAAUGGAAUUGAGGAAAGUGGCAUCUGCCAUGGAGGAGGCAGAGCUGGAUGCAAGUGAAUUACUGAGCAGCAUCGAGGAGGGUGAUGACACUGAUGAAACCCUCACUUCACUGCUUAAUGAGAUUGCUUUCCUCAACCAGCAGCUGAAUGAUGAUGCUGCAGCCAUGUCAGAGCUGCCCAGCACUAUAAACUCCAGUUUUUCUCAUGAGGAUGCAGAAACUCGUCGGGGAACAGCCAGUGAUCUCAGCACUGCAGAUGGAUCUUCCUUCCAGUUUGGGAGUUUGAAGGAACUUUCUGAAGUUCCAGAGGGUGGUGGCUCUAUAAGCCCUCUCCUGCUGCACCUGGAAGAUGAUGACCUUACUGAUGGGGACAAAAACUCCGGGGAAGCUUCGUCUGAAGUGGAUGUUUUAAAGAUAGUAAUAGGUACUGAAAUGAAAGAACCACUCCCCAGUAUGUCUGUAAUCAGUGGUGGGAAUGGCAAAACUGUAACAACCUUGGCUGAGAGCACUACUGUGACACCACCAGUUUUGCAGAUGAAAACUAACCCAGAAGCAAGUCAUGCUGACACUUUGUGGAGGCCCAUGCCCAAGCUGGCACCACUUGGCUUAAAAGUGGCAACUCUGCCAGUGGACCCAGAAGGGCAGAGUAAUAAAGUGAUGCCCUUACUGGCACCAAUAGUUGCAAAACUGGCACCCAGUGGGGGGAAAACUUCAUUACCUGCAGCUGUUCAAGAAGGACAGGAUAGCAAAGUGAUGCCCACGUUAGCACCUCUGGUUACAAAAACGAAUACUACUGGGCCUUCAAAUUCAGCAGGCAAAUAAAUACAUAUUAUUUUUAUUAGAUACUGGAAUGGAGAUCUGGAGCUGUGUGAACCAGUGUUGGAGUUCAGCAACUUCCCUUGUCUGCAACACUCAUUUUCUGUAUGGCAUCAGCAGGUCAUUCAUCUGAGGGCAGGCCCCUAAUUGAGAAAUAAGAAACUUUAAGCACAUUGACCUAUUUUUACCUCACUGUUGUAUUGUGGGUGUUCUUCCCCUUCACAAAACAAGAAAGAUGAUCUAUAACCAUUGCUGGCACAUGGUAUUCUUCCAGAAUCGAGUCUCUCUCAGAAAUAUCUGAGGACUGAGAAACCUAGGAUACUGAAAGAGAUUUUUUUCUUUUCCAGUAGGGAAGCAGCUGUCUUGUUGGGGAAAAAAUAUCUGAAUUCCUUGUUUUUGUAUCGGGCAAAUUAUCUAUGCAGAAAUGGGAUGGUUCACAUUUGCUGUUUUUAAUGUUUGCAGGAUAUGGUGAUUGUACAGAAAUGAGAUUAUGGUUGCUCUAAAACUUGUUACUGAGAGCAGUGGAAAGGAUAUGUGAGACUGCAGAGGCCUGAAGUGAAAAGUUCUUGUUCUCUGGUGCUAGGUAGUUCUCUGGCAGAGACUCUUUAGGAUUUUAUGCACAGAAGAUGUUAAUAAGCAUCUGUAACUCUCUCUGCUUAGGGAAGAAAAUUAUAUUUCCCAGUGUAAUUAGAAGUAGGGCAGUAUGUUAACUCUAACAGAGCCAUUAAAACUCCCUCACUUUUGCCUCCUGCCCCUAUACAAGUAAUUCCUUUGAUGCUUAGGGCACUUGGAAGAAAAAAUUACAGGAAAUAGAAGGAAAUUAGGGCACCAUAUUGCUACAUCUUUAAAUAUAUAGCUGAAGUAGCUUGAGUGUUUUCCCAUUUCUUGUUUCCUUUUUUCCUGUCAUUGUUUGAACUGUGUUUGGUGGCUAGGAAUGUUAUAGGAAGUGUUGCUUCAUUAAAAAUACAGAAUGCUUUCAGGACUGUUUUAGCCUAGGAUAAAUGAGAGAGGUGUAUAUGUGAAUGUAUAUAUGAAAAUAUGUGUAUAUCUUUAUAAACCUUCCAUUUCUUUAUAAAUUCAGGAAAGGUACUCAGAGGUUUCUCACUGCAUUUGCACAAGCUGUGUAUAGCAAAAAAAAACAAAAACAAAAGUCAACAAAAAUGCUCAUUACCAGGGAAAUAGGGCAGUAUUGAAUCAUGAGAUGUAUUUUUUAUUCUUCUCUGCCACUGCUUACUCAAUGACCUGUAGAUACUCUUCAGUGUUCAGCUGUUGGAUGUGAAGGGCCUACAGACUGUAAAGAUAUUUAUAUUUUUGUACACGAUUUUUGUUUUCGUAGUUUUCUUGACAAAUGAAAUUUUCAGCCUAGGAGGGAUGAUUUGUUAAUGAGUGUAUACACAAUCUUUUCCUAUCAGGUUUGUAAAUAUGAGUUCUGGUGCGCUUGAGGGGCUUCUGAACUCCUCCAAAAAGGUAAAAAAA